UAAGUAUAUAAGGCGUACGAACUGUUCUCGAAGCAUAUUCAACGAACAUUCGUCCUCAACAAUGGCCGCCAAGAUUGUAUUUGUGUUGUGUCUCCAGGCACUCUUCAUUCAGUCGUUGCUUGGAAACCCAACCCUCAACAGAAGACUGCCGUCAGCCAUCUCUGGUAUAAGCGGUGCUACGGUGGUCGAAAACACCGUCGCUGUUAGUAAUAAUGCAAUUGGCGGUAUAGGCUUGGCCAACAAUGGUCUAAUUGGUACCGGACUCGGCUUGGCCAAUACUGGUUUGAUCGGCUCUGGAAUUGGCUUGGCCAACACUGGAUUGAUCGGCACUGGAGUCGGUUUGGCCAACGCUGGAUUGAUCGGCUCUGGAGUUGGUUUGGCCAACACUGGAAUUGUAGGCACUGGUUUGGCUGGCGUCGGAUUGGCCAACCCUGCCUUAAUCGGCAACGCCAUACUGCCUACUCCUGCCACUGGAUUCCUCGACUUCGCCACAAUUACCAAAAGAGACAACCUCCCCAUCUUCAGCUUCUCUCCCCUCGCUCCGACUGGUCUCACUGUUGUGUCGGAGAACAUCAUCGAAGGACCUAUGGCAGUCGCUGGACAGCUGCCGUUCCUGAGCGCUGUAGCGUUCGAAGGUGCUCUGCCGACUGCAGGUGCGGGCGCUGCUGGCUGCGGCUGCGGCAACAAUGGUUACAUUGGCAUCAUCAAUGAGAAUUAUGGACCCCUUGCGCCUCCCGCUCUGGGUGGACUCGGCUAUGGCCCAGGAAUCGGCCAUGGUGUUGCGCCAUUACUGUAAACAUCGGAUACCUAAAACUGUGUCCAAGUUACUACUUAUCAUAAAUUUAUGUGGUAAUUCUUAAUUACUACAUGUACCUCUAUUUUGCAUAAUAUAUUCACUUACUACUGAGAAUCGUCUAUCGAUUAUUGGCUUCACCUACAUAACAUAUGAUUAUAUCUUGUAAUUGUUUAUAUUUAUAAUAAGUUUACUAUUGUAAUCUUUUGGAGGAAACAAUAAAGAGUAUCUAUCUAUCUAAAACAU